AUGCAACAGAAUAUUCAAAUCGAUAUUCGUGACCUCAAAUACCGGAAAUCCGGUGACUCCAUACACGUUGUCUUUAGUUCUCGAGGGAAUAGAGAUCGUUGCAGCCUUUCUUUCUUUUCUGAACAGGCGCAGUCCGAGAGAACUCGCAAAAGGAGUAAAAGGCUCCUACGUAACCUGUCACUACCAAUAUAUUGUAUGAGUCAGAAGGUAGAAAAACCAGUAUUAUCGGGUCAACGGAUCAAGACCAGAAAAAGAGAUGAGAAAGAGAAGUAUGACCCUAACGGGUUCCGCGACGCGCUGGUGCAGGGUCUGGAGCGCGCCGGCGGCGAUCUGGAGGCGGCCUACAAGUUCCUAGACGCGGCCGGCUCCAAGCUUGACUACCGCCGCUAUGGGGAGGUCAUCUUUGACGUUCUCAUCGCCGGCGGCCUGUUGCUCCCGGGCGGCUCGGUGUCGAUGGACGGCGAGACACCUAAAACCAACACAUGUAUUUUCGAAGCCAGCGAGGAUAUGGAGACCAUGCGGAACUUCGAACAGGUGUUCGUCAAGCUUAUGCGUCGGUACAAGUAUCUGGAAAAAAUGUUUGAGGAGGAAAUGAAAAAGGUCUUGGUGUACUUGAAAGGCUUUGAACCACAGCAGCGUAUCAAAUUGGCCCGUAUGACUGCACUUUGGAUUGGCAACGGGUGCGUGCCGCCGUCGGUGCUGCUGGUGCUGGUGAACGAGCAUCUGCUGAAGGACAACCUUGCGCUGGACUUCGUGCUGGAGGUGUUCGCCACCGUCAAGCAGGAGCGCGGCGUCACCUCGCUCGUCACAGCACUCAAGAAGGGACAGCUUGAGGGCAGGCUCCUGGAGUUUUUGCCUCUGAACCGGCGUAGUGAAGAAGUGCUGGCCUCAUCGUUUGCAUCUCGCGGUCUCGCCGAACUGUUGCGGCUGCACCGAGCGCAAGCCUCGCAGGAAGCCCGUCGAGAGCUGACCCAGGCGUUGCUUGACGAAUUAGCGGACGAGAAGCCGGUUCGCGACCUCAUACAAGAGCUGCGCGAUAUGGCCCAGAAGCACUCCAUUCCCGACCACGAAGUUGUUGCCAUUAUUUGGCAGUGCGUGAUGUCUCGCGGCGAGUGGAACAAAAAAGAGGAACUGUUGGCCGAGCAAGCGGCGAAGCACUUGCGUAAUUACACACCACUGUUGGCUGCUUUCGCGCAGUCCGCAAAGGCUGAGAUCGCGUUGUUGACUAAGGUGCAAGAAUACUGCUACGAGAACAUGAGCUUCAUGCGAGCAUUUAGCAAGCUGGUGCUGAUGUUAUACAAGACCAAUGUGCUCUCCGAGGAGGUUAUCCUGAAGUGGUACCGCGACCCCAACUCUAGCAAGGGCAAGGUCAUGUUCCUCGACCAGAUGAAGAAGUUUGUCGAGUGGCUCCAAAGUGCUGAAGAGGAGUCUGAAAGCGGUGAAGACGAAGAUUAG